CAUCAUCAUGGCGGAGAAAGAGGCUACAGUCUACAUUGUAGAUAUGGGACGGUCUAUGGGCGAGCAUCACCAUGGCCGUCCUAUUACAGAUCUCGAAUGGGCCAUGCAGUAUGUCUGGGAUAGGAUUACCGCCACAGUGGCUACCGGUCGUAAGACAGCUACAGUUGGCGUGGUCGGUCUCAGGACAGAUGGAACUAUCAACGACUUAGAAGAAGAGAACUUCUCUAAUAUUUCUGUCCUCUUCGGGCUUGGCCAGGUCCUCAUGCCUGAUAUCCGGAAACUCCGAGAGAUAAUCAAACCCAGCAAGACUAACAGAGGUGAUGCCAUCUCUUCUAUCGUCAUUGCCAUGCAGAUGAUCAUUGAGUACACCAAGAAAAAUAAAUACAAGCGCAAGAUCGUUCUAGUGACCAAUGGUACCGGUGCGAUGAGCGAUGAUAACAUGGAAGGUAUCAUCGAAAAGAUGAAAGAAGUCAACAUUGAGUUGGUGAUCAUUGGGGCCGAUUUCGAUGAUGCUGAGUAUGGUGUAAAGGAAGAAGACAAAGACAUUCGAAAGGCUGAGAAUGAGACUCUUCUCCGAACCCUGACUGAGGACUGCGAAGGUGUUUACGGCACGCUAGAGCAAGCUGUUUCGGAAUUAGAUAUUCCCCGCAUCAAAGUGACCAAGAGUAUGCCGUCUUUCAAGGGAAAUCUCAUGCUCGGCAAUCCCGAGGAGUAUGACACAGCAAUCACUAUACCAGUGGAGCGAUACUUCCGAACUUAUGUCGCCAAGCCGAUCUCAGCGAGCUCGUUUGUGCCACGCUCCGGCACUGAACCCGGAAGCCAAGCACCAGUCAAAGGCAAUGGUGAAGGUGACACUCUCGCAUCAGUGCGAACAUCGCGGACAUAUGAGAUCAUCGACGAGUCCGCGCCAGGUGGUAAGAUCGACGUUGAACGCGAUGACCUCGCCAAGGGGUACGAGUACGGACGUACAGCAGUUCCUAUCGAACAAACUGAUGAGAAUGUGGCAAAUCUACAAACAUUUGCUGGUAUGGGGCUGAUCGGGUUUGUUCAGAAGGAUAAGUAUGACCGGUACAUGCACAUGUCCAACACGAAUAUCAUCAUUCCUCAGCGUGCAAAUGACAAUGCGUCUCUUGCGUUGUCUUCUCUCAUUCACGCACUCUACGAAUUGGAAUCCUAUGCGGUUGCCCGGUUGGUGACCAAAGAAUCCAAACCACCGAUGCUCGUGUUGCUAGCUCCAUCAGUGGAGGCAGACUAUGAGUGCUUGAUUGAAGUACAGCUUCCAUUUGCAGAAGAUGUGCGGUCAUAUCGGUUCCCACCUUUGGAUAAGAUCAUCACUGUUUCUGGAAAGGUAGUAACUGAACAUCGCAACCUCCCAAGCGCGGCUUUGAAAAAUGCGAUGAGUGAUUACGUAGACAGCAUGGAUUUUGUCACCAUGAAUGAUGAAGGUGAACGCACUGACGAUUUACCAAUUGACGAGUCAUUCUCGCCAUUACUGCACCGCAUCGAAUCAGCUGUUCGAUACCGUGCUGUGCAUCCUAAUGAUCCUAUCCUUGAUCCCUCAGAGCGACUCACCGAAUUCGCACACCCGUCAGAAGAGAUGGUCAAGAACUCCAAGUCCCACCUUGAGACAUUGAUGUCUAUAGCAGAUGUGAAGAAAGUUCCACCAAAGACAAAAGGCCGUAAACGGCAACGCGAAACAGAGAAACCCCUCUCAGGUUUGGACGUUGACGCCCUUCUCAGCCUCGAACCCAAGCGAACGAAAAUUUCCACCGAGAAUGCAAUCCCAGAAUUCAAGCAAACACUUUCCCGCGCAGAAAACAUCGAUGCAAUCCACGACGCUGUGCAACAAAUGGCUAAAAUCAUUGAGACCCAGAUCACACACAGUCUUGGUCACUCAAAUUACGACCGUGUUAUUGAGGGUCUUGGUACUAUGCGCGAAGAGCUGGUGGAUUACGAGGAACCAGUGAUUUAUAAUGACUUCGUGCGCCAGUUGAAGAGUAAGAUGUUGCGGGGGAGCUGGGUGGGGAUCGGAGGGAGCUGUGGUGGUUUGUGAGGAAGGGUAAGCUUGGACUUAUUGGGAAGAGCGAGGUGGAUAGCUCGGCUGUUGAGGAAGAAGAGGUUCAAGAGUUUCUAGCUGCCAAUUGAUAAGUUGAGUUGGGGUGGGGGGC